AUGAAGGUAUUUAAUUUCGCAUUGGUCGGUCUAUUAGCUGGCAGUCUAGUGGCUGCAACAGAUGGAUUAUCGACGUGGAAAGAGAAAGACGUGAAACACUUCUUGAAAGAUCGUCAGAUCGAAUUCAGUGAGAAAGAAUCGUUCGAAGAAUUAAGCAAGAAGGCAGAAGUGGAGUUUGAAAAUUUGAAGAACAUCCACCGGGAAACUGUUAAGGACAAUUCGCAGCAACAUAUAUUAGCAACUAAUCCUAAGGAUGCAUUGACCAAUAUUUUUCCGGCACAUAUCAAUUGGAAUUACUUGUUUGAAUCCAAUGCUGAACACGCCAAGCUGGUAAAGAAUUGGAUCUUCGAAUCGUGGUCGAUUGAGGGUCUCAAGGACUUUUUGACCAAUAAUAAGAUCAAGUUCGACAAGAACUAUAGCAAGCAAGAUUUAAUUGAUUUGGCGCAAAAGGAAUACGACAAUAUUGCACAGGGGCAUGAUGUUUCGGGAUACUACCCGGGAGACUGGAUCUAUCAGGGAUGGAGCGUUGACCGCUUAAAACAAUGGUUAGAAGACCACGAAUUAGAAUUUGAUUCCAAGGACGACAGAGAAAGCUUGUUGAGCAAAGUUAAGCAUAAUAACUAUAUUGCAUCCUUAUCAAAUAUUGACAACAAGAAUUCUUUGUUAGAUUCGCUUGAUUUGUCACAAGCAAGUAUUUUCGAUAAGACAGGCAAAGUUAAAGACGAGUUUUUUGAUACAUGGUCAUAUGGCCAAUUAAGAGAAUGGUUAUACUACCAUGGAUUCAUUAACACAAAACCUAGUGUGUAUGCGGAUGAAUUGGAUGCUGAAAAGUUGAAAAAGAUUGCCAAGUCUCAUCAAAAGUACUUAAUUUCAGACAUCAAGAAAUGGACUGAUCAGGCCAAGAAGUCGGCUGACCCAUAUCUUUCGAAAGGAGCAGAUAAAAAGAAAACUCUUGAUAAUGUCAUCAAUGAUACAUUCUUAAUCGGGGUUGAAAAGUGGUCGAAGGAUCGUUUGAAAGAAUUUUUGAGAUCUAGAAAUGUUAAAUUUUCACAAUUUGCAUCAAAAAAUCAAUUAGUCGAUUUGGUGAAAAGAAGCAAGGAUGUUAAGUUAGCCUAUAAGCAAAAUUCCAACCCCGCAUCAUGGUUAGUUCAAAGCUGGUCUACCGAUAAAAUUAAGGAAUGGUUAGCGAACAAAGGAAAAGAUGUUAAGGGUACCAGAGAAGAUCUAAUUAAUAGCGUUAGCGAUUAUUUGCUGCAAAAUUCGUUAGCUCCAAUUGAUUCUUUUGAUUUCCUGGCAAAUUUAUAUAAGCCAGAUUUAGACGAUUAUAAGAAGUCGUUUAAGGAAUCUUUUGAUAAGGUCAACGAGAAUAUUAAAGAUAGUGGAUCAAAAGCUAAGGAUAAACUUGAUUCGGCUGUUGAUUCUUCAGUAGCCGAUAAAACAAUGUUAGCUGCCUAUUCCAUUGGUGCUGAAUACUACAGACAGGCAGCGAAAACCCUUAGCGAGAAGUACGCUGAUUCAAAGUUCUCCUUAGAUGAUGCCUUAUCUCAAGCUAAGGAUGCAUCUUAUGAGUAUGCCAACAGAUUUGUUGAGGAUGCGUCUAGUACGUAUGCCGACAAUAAACCACUUGUUGAAGAACAAGUGAAAAAUGCAGGUAUUGCUGCUUCUGAAUAUGCCAACACUUUGAGUAAUCAAUUAAUUGAACAGCUUAAAGCGGGCAAAGCUAAGCUAAAUGAAGUUGCUGAUGAUCCUAAAGAAUACUUGAAAAUCGUUAAUGACUUUGUUGAGAAAAGCAUCAAAGAAAAGCAGCCUAUAGCCGAACAAGCUGCGAGCGAUGCCUACAAAGCUGCCCAAGACUAUCUUGCAUCCGCCAAUGAUGCGAUAGUCAAAAACUACGGUGAAUACAAACCUGCAGCUGACGAUGCCAUGAAUACCAUCUAUGGGUCGGCCAAGGACUACGCUAAUGCUGCUAAUGACGCAAUCGAAAAAGGCUACAGUGCCUAUAGACCAAAGGCUGUCGAAGCCGCAGAAAAAGCCAAAGAGUAUGCUGAUGCCAUAAACGAGGCUGUAGGCAAGAACUUUGAGGAAUACGAAGGAAAGCUUCAAGAAGCAUAUAAAGCUGCAUCUGACGCGGCCGCCGCCGCCUAUGCGGAAUACAAGCCUGUAGUCGAAAGCACCGCUAAGAGUGCAUACGAUACGGCAAAACAAUAUGCUGGCAGUGCAAACGAAGCCAUCCAGAGUACAUACGCCGAAGCUAAACCAAAGGUCGAAGAAGCUGCCAGAAAUGGCUGGGAAUACCUUUUGGUCUCCUACUCCAAUGCUGACUUGAGAUCCUACUUGCAAUCCUUUGGCUACAACUUCAACCUUUUAUCUACUUUAUCUCGUCAACAGCUUGUCAGAUUAGCCAACGAACAAUCUGACAUCUUUUUGGCUCCGAUACAAAGUGGGAUAAAUCGAUAG